AUGGGCAAUCAACAAGCUUCUUCUUCCUCUAAGUCCCCUCUCUCACGUCAGCAUUAUUCUCCUUUUGAUCAUAGCAGCAAUAAUGCAUUGUCGGAUCACCAAUUAUUAAUACCUUCCUCAUCUGUAGCUUCAAAACAUCGAUCGGGUUCAGUACUUCUUGAUAGUAACUAUAUUCAUCAUCAUCACUCACAACAACACAAUCAUGAUACAAAUCAUCACUCGAAUCGAAAGAGUCAUCAUUUUCAUACAAAAUUGGAGACAGAAUUCAUGUCAGAACAUGCAAAUUCAGCAUUUUCAAAUUCUCAAUUGCCGAAUGUCAUUUCUUCUCUCACACAGUACAAGAUACUUUUAUUAGGUUCAGGAUCAUCGGGAAAGUCAACCUUCUUUAAAGCAAUUGAAUUGUUUAAAAAAGGAAGUUUUUCCAAUACGAAAAAAGGAGUCAUCUAUUUCAAUAUCAUUAAAGAUAUUGGAGAAUUAUGUAAAGACUAUUUGAGAACUUUAACACAAUUUCUGAAUUAUGAGAGACAGAAUAGUAUUGAAAAUUUAGAGGAAUUGAAAGAAAUAUUUCCAAACGAUUUGCCUCGUUCUGUCACUGAUGCCAUGGAACGACUUGUGAAAUUGGCAUUUGACAAGAGUUUUAUUCAAAGUGCUGUGAAACGAUCCUCUGACAAGUCUUAUAAUCAAACCUAUGACACACAUUUUGGUGAACAAGUUUAUGAUGAUAUUGAAUUGUUGUGGAAGUUUCGACCAUUUCAUUUAUUUGCACAUUAUCACAUUUCACAUAUUGCAAUGCCUUCUUUUUCUCCUUCGUGUGAAAAUGAAUGGACAUGCACUGUUGCAGAUAUGAGAAAUUAUGACUAUGAUGAUUUGUUAUACUUUCUUGACCAUAGAAUGAAAGAUAUUUAUCCUCCAUAUCAAUAUGAGCCAAAUUCAAUGGACGUUUUACAUCGAAGGCAAAAAACUGUUGGCUUGUAUUACAUGCACUAUAUUGAAGAUGCCAUAUUUGAAAAUGGAAUUAAGGAAACGAGAGAUUAUCUUUUUGUAGACACUGGAGGGCAACGAUCAGAACAAAAAAAGUGGUCGCUUGUGAUGCCUAAUUCGUUCGUUGUGUUUUACUUUGUUGCCUUGUCUGACAUUAAUGUCACCCUGUAUGAAGAUGUGCAACAGAAUCGAUUUUUUUCGUCAUUACUCUUGUUUGAGAAAGUGUGUAAAGAAGUUGAUCUCGCCAACGUUCCCUUUAUCCUCUUCUUCACCAAAGCAGAUAUUUACAAAAAGAAAAUUAAGCGAGGACUUAAUCCCAUUGAACUAUUUGAAAGUAUGAACAGAUCGUAUCAGAUGAAAAUUGAAUCUAGCAACUCGAGUGUGUCACAACAGGACGAAACAGAGACGGAAGUUGCAUUGCAUUUACAAACGAGUGAACCAGCUCUGAGGCUUGACUUGUCCAGCGAGCAAGUUGAAAAGAUUUAUCAGGAAUCCAUAGAAUAUUUCACUUGUCAAUUCAAGAAACGUCUGUAUGGAUCAGGUCAGACACUUGAAGUGUAUGCACUCAAUUCCACAGAUCCAAACGAAUUUACUUCGACUUUUAAAAAGGUCAUGGGUGAUUUAAAUAAGAUUAAGCGUGAGCCUUGA